AUGUGGUACGGCAGAUCGCAGGAAGGAGUCCCGCAAUUACAACAGCGACUUGCGUUGGAUGCUGUAUGGGUUGUACCAGGAGAUAUUCGCAAAAAGUAUUUGAAGGAUGAAUUGCGUACUGAUAGAUUAGAAGCUGAAGUAUAUUUAAAGUGGUCAGCAAAUAUUGGUAUUAAAAAUCGAGUAAAAAUUGUGCUUGAAAAUGGAUAUUCAUGUAAUGCACCUGCAUGUUUACUUACUGCAUUCUCGGAUAUCUUUCGCAAACUUAUUUCAGCACAAGCAACACAAGAAACACUUUCAUCGGGUAAAGAAAUCACAGUUCAUUUAAAUGAUAUGCCAAAUAUUACGAAUGCCGGUCUCUAUAAUGUGGUAGCUUUCAUUCAAAGUGGACAAAUCAAAUUUUUAGAAAAUGAAUUGGAGAAUGUUCUAAUAGCAGCUAAUGAUCUUCAAGUGACUUCAUUGGUAUCAUUAAUUUGUGAAGAAAUGACUGAACGCAUAUUAGAAAAUACAUCACCACCAAUUUCAUUACUUUACUCAGCUAUUGCUUGUUUACCUCCACAAUCACAAUAUCGUAAUAUGGUUGUUGAUGGUGCAGCAAUAAAAUUUCAUGAUAUUCUGGCAAGCCCAAAAUUUUCAGAAUUAUCAUUCGAAUUGCUUUACGCACUUCUUUCUUCACCACUAUUACAAGGACCUGAAUGGGUAUUAGAAAUUUAUGAAGCGAUCAUAUUUUGGCUUCAAAAUAAUCCUGAACAUAUUUGUUAUGCGUCAGCUCUUUUGGAUAAUGUUAAUUUCAAGGAAAUUAUUCAUGUGGCUGAUAAUCGUCAAAAAAUAAUGAAGAAAUCAUUGGAGGUGCCAGAUUUGGGACCAAUUGUGCAAGUCUUUUUAAUGGAUGCAGUUUAUGCCAAAUUUAUGGAUGAUUUGGCGUCACCACAAAAUCGCAAUCAACCAUUAUCAUCGCCCAUCUAUACGGUGUCUGGUGCAGAAAAUGCAGUUACACCAACUCCAUUAGGAGGAACAUUAGGAUUAGCACCAUCACCUCUUGGAUCAUAUAUCAUUCCACCUUUUGAUUCGGUAUCAUCUGCUGCAACAACCAAAAGUAUUAGUAAUGAAAUAUCCGUAUCAGUUAACAAAAAUUGGCGUCCAGCUCAACAGCUUCCAAUAGGAUCUGGUGAAAUGAUUCCACUCCAAAGUAGCACCGCUCCCUCAAUAUUACCACCAAAAAGCUCUCGUGAUUCGAUUUGUACGGUAAUUACAGCACAUAAUGAUCCGGUACUCAUCUACUCAAAUGUUCCUAUUACUACUGCUGCUGCUAGCGAUGGUACUGCUGGUGCUAUCGGUGGUGGUGCUAUUGGCGGUGGUGCUAUUGGCGGUGGUGCUACUGGUGGCGGUAGGGGUGAACAGGAAGGAUCAGGCGCUAUCAAAAGCUCUCCAACACUAGAAUCAGCUGAAAUUCGAACAAGUAGCAGUCAAGAAUCGGAAUCAAGUUCGAAACGACGACCUAAAAUUGAGCAAAUCCCAUUACGAACUGAACCACCAGAAAGUCGCAAAGAAUUACGUAAGAAACGACAGGCACGUGAAAAACUGACACGAAGUGAUUAG